UUUUUUUUUCUCUCUUCAAUUCUAUAUGGUUUUUUAUUACUUUAAUAAUAAUGGAUGACGACCGCGUAAUAUUCAAUCGCUCUCCGCCGCCGCCAUACUCGGAAGCCGACCCAGCCACGCAGCCCCCACAGUACAUCACCGGUGACCACAGCAUCAGCAUGAUUCAGAACCAGUCACCGCAGUUCACCAACCCAACCAUAGCCGACGACGCCGAGUUCAUCCGCACCAGCGUCCCCCUGCUUGCAGGCCGGGCCAUAUCCGACACCGGGGCAUUCCACUGGAAUAUCGACAGCUGGCAAGCACUGCUGAAGCGCAACACCAGCGCGACCUUUUACGUGGGCGGCCGGCGGUGGAAGCUCCUGGUGUAUCCGCACGGCAACAACGCCCCAGGCCAGGUGUCGCUGUACCUCUGCCAUACGCCGACCUCCACGGCCCCGCCGGUCCAUGCAUCGUUUGCGCUGGCCAUCUCUAAUUCCAAAAUGCCCGCGGUUAUGUCGGUGAACAGCACCUCGCAUGUGUUUGCGCCCGAAGACGACUGGGGCUUCACACGCUUUAUUUCCAGAAAGGACCUGCGUGUGCGUCUGCCCGGGUACAGUCGCCCGGUAUUGCAGAAUGGCCGGGCAAGGAUCAGCGCCUAUGUGCGUGUAUAUCGCAGUGGGGAGUCGCCGGAGCCCGAGGACCAGGUGGUCAGCGAGCCCACGCACCUCCACACCGGCCACAUUGGCCUGGUAGCCGACCCAGCCUCGCUGUACCUCAACUCGGUGGUCCUGUCGCUGUACCACAUCCCGCAGUUCCGCCACGCCAUCGCCCGCAUUGCCGACUCCGGCGCUGCCCGGAUGGCCGUGGGCACUGCCAUGCAGGAUCUCUUCCACAGCCUCACAUUGCAGGACUCGCCGCCCUCGGCUGCCGCCCUGGUAGCAGCCAUUCACGACCAGUCGGACGAAACCCCGGCUACAUCCACCAUCCAGCAUUACAUGCGUUUGCUGUGCGAAUGCCUGGCUCGUCGGAUGGCAGACACACCGGACGAAUCCCUGAUUGACUGCCUGUUUAUGGGCACUGAGCGCACCACCACCGAGUGCCUGAAUGUCAGCUACGCGAACUCGCGCUCCGAGCCCAUUUACGAUCUGGCGCUGAACAUCACCAAUGUAUCGACACUGCAGCAGGCCAUCGAGCGAUACUGUGCGCCCGAGACCCUGGACGGUAGCAACAAAUACCGAACGUCCGAAUUUGGCUACCAGGAUGCUGUGCGGUUCAGCCGCUUCGAGUCAUUGCCGCCUGUCCUGCACGUUCACCUGAACCGCUUCGAAUACGAUCUGGACACAGGCGAGCUGGACAAGAACCAGAACUGGAUCCAGUACCCCGAGUCGCUGGAUAUGGCCGAAUUCAUGGCCUACGAUGCCGAUCAGUCCAUGUCGUGGCAGUACACCCUGCAUGGCGUCCUGCUGCACCACGGUGAUAUGCUCAGCGGCCGGUAUUUCUGCCUGAUGCGCUCAGACAUAUCUGACGGGUGGCUUUGCUACGAGGACGACCUUGUGUAUCCGGUGUCUCCAGACUUUGUGCUGGAUACCACCAAUGACAUCAGCAGUGAACUGACCGACCCGCGGGCACUUGACCACCAGCAGGCAGGCCGCUUUGACAAUGCAUAUGCCCUUGUCUACAUCCGCACAUGCAUGCUCCCGCAGGUCUGCGGCUCUGACCAGCCCCUGACUCUGCCACUCCCGCGCCGCACCCUGCGCGCCGCCUCGAUACUCUCCCAGGGCUCCAUCCACAUGCCCACACUGACCAUUUACAUAAUCGACAACAAGCAAGGAGUAAGAUACCCGGGGUUUGAUCUCUGCAGCCACCCGAACAUCCCGGGCGCCUCGGCGUCGCUGAUCGAGCUGACGUUCUCCUUGACCACCUCGUCGUCUGACUUUAUACUGCAGGCGUGCUCGGCAUUGGGCCGAUUGCCAACCGAGGUCAGGUUCUGGCACAUGGCGACCCGCGUCAACAAAACACUGCGCUGCGAUUCUCCGAUCGACUGGCAGAACAUCUCGGCCGUGCGCGACUUGAUGAAAAUCCAGGGGUCGGCCUACAGCUCCGUGUACUUGUACUGCGAGCUGCGACAGCUCAGCGACCCCGUGUAUUUCUUCAAGAACCCGGUGCCCCCAAACACCACCAUGGUGCAUUUGAAGUUCUACGACCCUGUAAUGCCGAGCCUUGUUGCGCUUGGCCACAUCUACGUUAACGCCAAGUUGCCUAUUAGGACUGUGCUGCCGAUUCUGUGCGCCCGGGCACAACUACCCAAGAAAUCCAGGCUGUGGGUGUUUGAAGAAAUCAGGCCCAGGAUGAUUGAAAGGCUGGAUGUGAAUUUGACCUUCGACCAGGCAGAGCUGGCCACUGGAGAUAUUGUUUGCUUCCAGGCGGAAUUGCCCCACGGUGAGGAGCAAGGCGUGCCAUUUGGCCACCAUGCCCGCUUGCCCGACUUCUUUGCCCACCUAGCCGAACGCCAGGGGCUGUAACUUUGUAUACUUUUUUUUCUGUCUCUGCAGCUAAAACUCACGAUAAUAGCACUGUGGCUUGGCUACCACUUGGACCCCUAUGCAUGGCUGAGUCAGUACACCAUUGCAGUAUGAAAUGCGUGCUGAGAGGCCCAGCCCCCCUUUGACUUUUUCUUUUCC